AUGGCGAUCAGCUGGGUCAGGUUCCUGAGUUGCGCGUCUUCUUCCUCCGUCGACGACGCCUUCUGCCGGAGAGUGACGCCCAUCUCCCCAUUGCUGCCGCCCUGCCGCCCGCGGAUCGAGAAGAGAGGUAGGGGCAGCGCCGCCGUCACGGUUUGCGACCCUGACGGAGGUCCCGGAAGGGCACUCGUCCUGGGGGGUGGUGGAGAUUAUAUUCGCCUCCACCUGGUCGCAGACGGGGGCGACCGCCCCCCGGGAGAUCGAGAGGCUCUUCAAGGUCCGCCACCCGCCGCGCGCCGUCGCCGGCUUCGAGGAGUACCUGGAGGCCGUGCGCUCCCGGGCCGGCAAACAGGACCCGCGCUGCGCCGCUGACGGCAACGAGAUGAUGCGCUUCCAUUAUUGCCCCGCCGGCGGAGUCAACGAGACCAUGCGCUUCCACUGCUGCUCCCCCGCCGGCGGAGCCAACGACGAGACGAUGUGCUUCCGCUGCUGGUGCCCCACCGGCGGAGGCAACGACGAGAUGGUGCACUCCCACUGCGACUGUCCCAGCGGCGGAGGCAUGCCGACGUUGGCGGGGACCGGCAUGGCCCACGAGAGCGGCGGUGGGUGGGGACAGAGGAGGGCGAUGGCGGUGUGCCGGGUGAUCGCCGGCCGCGUGGGGAGCAGCGAGCGGGAGCCCGGGGAGUUCGACUCCUCUCCCGGGAUGGGGAGCUGCGGGUCUUCGACCCGAGGGCCGUCCUGCCCUGCUUCCUGAUCAUCUACCGAGUGUAA